CCUCCCCGCGCAGGUCCCGGCCGCCGCCGCACCUCCUCCGGCUCUGCAGUGGCGGUGGGGAGGCGAGUCGGAGCGCCAUCCGGGCCGGGGCCGGAGCGGAGCCGGGGUCGGGGCUGCAGCAGGGACCCUCGGAGGCGGGGCCAGUGGGAUCGCGAUGGGCGUGGAGAUCGAGACCAUCUCCCCGGGAGACGGAAGAACAUUCCCCAAGAAGGGCCAGACGUGUGUGGUGCACUACACAGGUAGGCUUUGCCCCACCCCCAGCCCUCAUCAGACCUGCCCCUCCCAAGGAAUGCUCCAGAAUGGGAAGAAAUUCGAUUCAUCCAGAGACAGAAACAAACCUUUCAAGUUCAGAAUUGGCAAACAGGAAGUCAUCAAGGGUUUUGAAGAGGGUGCAGCUCAGAUGAGCUUGGGGCAGAGGGCGAAGCUGACCUGCACCCCUGAUGUGGCGUACGGAGCCACGGGCCACCCCGGCGUCAUCCCUCCCAACGCCACCCUCAUCUUUGAUGUGGAGCUGCUCAACCUCGAGUGAAGGCAGGAAGGAACUGGCGGCGGCUGCAAGACGGCGGCUGCUCCCCUCCUAGCCCGCUCUGCCACUGGGACGGCUCCGCCCGCUCGGGGCUCUUGAUCAGUGCGCUCCCCUCACCGCCCCACGACACGAUCCGUUCUCUCUGCCCAGCUCGCUCGCUCUCUGUGUUGGUCACUGUUCACGUGCAUCUUUGCUUGAGGAAACUUUGGUUGCGAUCGCAACAUUUCGGGUUGUGCAUCUUGCGUGUGCAUGUAGUAGCCAUUCCUGAUCGCCGAACACGGAUUUCUUGUUCGCACAAUCGACACUGCCUUACCUUCACUGAAGCCAGACACACGAGGUGCUCAGACACGAGACGUACGCACGAGGUGUGCACGGGGGACUCGGGCCAGUUACCUUUGCUGCCACGUCCUCUCUCGGAAACCGUUGGCUGCUGACUUACGAGAUGUCCUCUUUGGAAAUGACACGUAAAAUAAAGGCUCUGUGCUUGAU